CAAUCCGCAGUCACUCCUUGCUGCUCCUCACCCUUUCUGCAUCUCUGCUCUCUCUCUCUUUCAAAACAUACCUCUUUUUUCAUCACUCUCCCUCUUCUCUCCACCUUCUCUCCUCCCUCUUGGAUCUCUGCCUAGCUACUGCUCCCACUGUCCCUUUUACUCCAUUCCACCAUAAGCAACUCCUUAUUUCUCUUCUGGAUCUCGUCUGCGAAGCUGUCAGUGACUCGUGCAAGGCAACAUGUCAACCGUUCUGGAUGUGGAGCACAAUGCAUGCACUGGAGAGGCCGUGGAGCAUGAUAUUGAGACUCCCAACGGUGUGCUCCAUGUGACCAUGAGAGGCAGUCCCAAAGGCAAUCGUCCCGUCAUUCUGACCUACCAUGACAUUGGGCUCAACCACAAAUCUUGCUUCAACACACUGUUUAACUUUGAGGACAUGAUGGAGAUUACUCAACAUUUCGCUGUCGUGCAUGUGGACGCCCCUGGCCAGCAGGAGGCAGCACCUCCCUUUCCCACUGGGUACCAGUACCCCACCAUGGAUGAGCUGGCUGAAAUGUUACCCUCAGUCCUGACUCAGCUCAAGGUGAACUGUGUUAUUGGCAUGGGAGUUGGAGCAGGGGCCUACAUCUUAUCACGCUUUGCUCUGAUUCAUCCUUCUUUGGUGGAGGGGCUGGUUUUGAUUAAUGUGGACCCUUGCGCAGAAGGCUGGAUAGACUGGGCUGCUUCGAAGCUUACUGGGUGGACCAGCAAUCUAGUGGACAUUGUGAUGGCUCAUCACUUCAGCACUGAAGAACUUACUGACAACCAAGAACUGAUUCAAACAUACCGCCUGCACAUCUCCCAGGACAUCAACCAGGACAACCUGGCCCUCUUCUGCGGCUCAUAUAACGGACGUCAUGACCUUGAAAUCGAGAGGCCGAUUGUUGGUCUUAAUGAGAAUACAGUGAACACACUGGCAUGCCCUUCUCUGCUUGUGGUUGGAGACACUUCCCCUGCGGUGGAGGCCGUGGUUGAAUGCAACUCGAGGUUAAACCCGACAAAGACAACCCUGCUGAAGAUGGCUGACUGUGGUGGUUUGCCUCAGGUUGUUCAGCCUGGAAAGCUGGCCGAAGCCUUCAAAUACUUCGUACAGGGAAUGGGAUACAUUCCUCAUGUUUUGCUCAGCCAUCUGAGCACUGAAUCAGUACCAGCAGCUGGCAUGACCCGUCUGUCUCGAUCCCGAUCCUCUUCCUCCAGUUUCACAUCUACAGACGGCUCACGCAACCGCAACCUUAACAGCCCUCUGGAUGGACCCAACUCUGGAGUCCUGGACAACCAGGCCAGGCCACAAACCAUGGAGGUCUCCUGUUAAAGCUGCUGCCGCUUCACUACGUCCCCUGGAGCUCAAAAUCUGUCUGCUGACCUUUCACUUCUCACCCUGUUAUUUGUGUCCUAGAUCCCUAAAUGUUUUAAAAGCCUUUGAUAAUGCAGGGGAGGCUCCUAUAAAAUGUAUGAUAUACUGAAAGUAUAAAUAAUAAAUGUAUACAGAUGUUACUAUAUACUAGCCACAUAUUCAGUCAUCAAUGCAGAAAAUAUAAUAUAUAUUUACACAAGGUGUUCCAUUGAUUUGUUUGUGCUUUUUUUGUUUAGUUUAUUGUUGGUUGCUAUCUUUUUUUAGUGUAGAAGUAAAAAAAAUCUCUUUUAACCUCUCACACGUGUGUGAAAACGCAAACAUUAAAAACUGAUGUUUUAUGGUGUAAACUGUGAGCUUUCCUGUUCCCUUGUCUUGUUACACUGUGAUACUGUUUAAUUUGUUGUCUUUUGUUUAACUCUGUUACAAACGAAUGUUCAGAAUCGCCUGUUAAGAUCUGUCAUUAUAUCCACUUAACUGUUCAUCUCAUGAAUGUAUAAGUUUUGGCUUUUGCUGUGUUUAUAUGAAAAAACACUACUGGCUAAAAGUCUUAUGUAACCCCAGUUAGCUAUAAGAAGACCUGGGUUAGCAAAGUGGAAUAUCUAUUAUUAUUUUUGUUAAACUCUUAAUUUCUUUGUAUUUUAAUAAUAUCACUCUUUUAAAUAUGCAGAAACCAAGUCAUUUUUCUUUUGUACAUUUUCACAAUAACUUCCUAUCCAUUUUUAACAUAAUUCUUUUUAAGCAGACCAUAAAUUUAUGUACACAUGGAAUGAGUAUGACUAUGGCUCCAAGUAUGAAUGUCUGAUGAAGUCACUGUUCACUGGUUCUCAAUUACUAAAUAAAGUUUCUGAAAAGAUGAGACCGUAA